AUGUUGUCGUGCUGUAGGGCUCGAAAAGAUGCUACCGGUGAGCGAGAGCCUCUCCUCGCAGCAUCGGAGGCGGAAACCGACCUGCAGCGCAAGGUGAAGGAGAAAUUCCGACAAUAUGAGAUGCUCCGGGCGUUGUCCGCUGGCUAUAUGCCGACGACAGAGCAAGCAGCAGCGCUUCUGCGGCUUGUCCUUGUUUCCGACGUGCUUAACCCAGAUAACCCUAUGCUGAGCCCUAGGGCCGGAAGCAUAGCAAAAGAUUGUCGAGCAUGGACCCGAAUAUUCAUUGCUCUCCUACGGGAGAAGAACGGCGGCGACCAGCUGCAGGAAAUCAUCAGCCAGCUCACCCACUCGGAUGCUUCUAUAAACACAGCCCAUAUUACUUCUGUGGUAUCGAAAUCCAAAGCCCGAGCGGAUACUAUCGCCGCAUACGAAAGUGUACGCACCGUAGGAAAACUUCUUAUGACCAAUUCAGACUUUCGUCGUUUGAUUGGAGACAUCACCACCAUCGGUCGCAGUAUCUUCUCGGAUACCACGGCAUCGCUUUCCGACGCAAUUAACAACAUUGCAGAGGAGAUUGAACCGUCAGAAUCACAGAAAAACAGUGUUAAGGCCACAAAUGGCGACAACAAACAAGCUCCUACCACUGAUGAGCUGCUGCAAGAUGGCGAGCAAGUCAUGGAGACUGCAAGGGAAGGGCUAGAGGAUACCGGGCGUGCGGCUAAAAAGAGUGCUGAAACCAACAUAUCCGCUGAUGUCCAGGAUUCACUCUUCUCCCAAAUGAAAAGGACAGUUGCGGACCUGCGUCUACGGACAGAUUAUGAUGAUUCUGUGUCAACCAUAUCAGGACUUGUCCAGCGCUAUGCUGGGGUAUACAUGCAGACCAUAGGCUCCACGGUUGAGGGUGCUUCGGACGCCCUUGAUAUUGACCCAGAGUUGCAUGGUGCUAUGAAAAACUUAUGGGAGUUUGCAAGCUCGUUCGGCAGCCAAAAUGAGUGGCAAGCUCUUGAGAGUAAAUUCCAGCAGCUAAUGCAAGGUACCAAAAAAAGUGCUGGGGUAAAUGAUACGUUUGACCACAUUGGACAGUCCGUUUACAGGCUCUUCACCGAUCCCAGCUUCUGGGACUCAGGAGAAGAUACCGUGAAGGCACUGAAGGAGAAAGUGAAGGAGACCGAAAACGACCUACCACAGCAGGAAAUCAAGGACUUCAUCUAUCAGCUCAAGAAAACACUGAUAUCUGUGACGCAGGAUUCCGCCGUUGUGAAACUCAUCGCAGCCACAAAGAAAAUCGCACUGGGUAUAUAUGAAGCCUCUCGUAAUGAAGGCGUUCGCCUUAUGGCAGAUGCACUAAACAUCUUCCUCCCUCUGUUGAUUCGAGCGAUCCAGUAUAUACCUAUACCAAGAUUGGAAAUUUCAGCCCCCCGAGUGGAUCUCCUGCUUGAGAACGUUGUGAUCGAACCUGGUCACACUGUCCACAACUCUUCGUUUCUUCCAUAUCAGGUCUUAGUCACCACAGUAAACAACAUGGAGCUUCGCAAGACCCAUUCGAAGGAAGUUGUUUCGGGCAUGAAAAACGUUGUUAACGUCACCCUGAAUGGUCUUUGCUUUUCCGCAAAUGAUUUCGGCUAUUGGAUAAAAAAACACCAGCCUCCCCUCCCCUCCAUAUUCGACGAAGGUAUCGCCAGUUUCUGUCUCGACCAGCGUGGAAUCGACGUUUCCUGUGAAUUCGAGGUUGGCCGAGAGCGGCUGGAGCAGAUCCUGUCUCUCCGUGCAGUGAGAGUCCAUAUCCAUAAACUCGAUUACUCUAUCACCAAGAGCCGCUGGUCAUGUAUUUUGUGGGCCCUCAAGCCUUUCCUCAAACACAUGAUCAGACGCAGCCUAGAGAAGAUGAUAGCUGAGAAAAUAGUGUGCUUUGCUCGGGCCGCGAAUCGAGAACUGCUUUUUAUGAGAGAGCGCCUACGUGCAGCACGCAUAGCUGAUCCCGAUGACUUCUUGACGUUUGUCAAAGCAGUUAUAACUAGGCUGAGCGGGAAGGCAGACCCAGAUAUAUUCACCAGACUCGGCUUUGACGCCCAACGAGGGGGUAUCUUCGAUGGUGUCUAUGCACCGGGAAGUCUAGCCAAGGCCUGGCAUGAUGAACAGCAGAGGGCAGACGACCUCAUUGAAAGAAGCAGCCAGGCAAGUCUUGACCAAAGACCGACCUGGAAGAACAGUAUAUUUGAUGUUCCUGCUGGGGGAUCUUAA